AUGCAACUGCAGCAACAGCUUCGCGUUAUGCUGCACCAGACCACAAAUAUUAUUAUUCCACUUCAGCCCAUCGUGCCUGCCCCCGCGUCUGGACGCGUUCCCAUGCCCGCUGGUGGUGUCUUGCCCGGUAGCAUGGGCGAGGCUGAUCAGCCUACGCACGUCGUCGGCUCUCAGGGUCGCCGUGGCAUUCUCCCCAGCGCUCCUGGCCGCCCUGCCGCUACUCCCGCUGGCGCCGGCAAGACCAAGAGCACUGUGAUCCCGGUCAAGGAUGCCGAUGGCAAGUUCCCUUGCCCUCACUGCACCAAGACCUACUUGCACGCGAAGCACUUGAAGCGUCACCUUCUGCGCCACACGGGCGACCGCCCCUACAUGUGUGUGCUGUGUCGCGACACUUUCUCGCGAAGUGACAUUCUCAAGCGUCACUUCCAGAAGUGCUCCAUUCGCCGAGGUAACCCGACUGGUGCUAGUCACUUAUCACACCCUCAGGCUCAUGGUCAAGAUGCCACUCAGGAAUGGUUCGACUACGUGAAUAUGUCUGCAAAAAAACACGGAAGGGUAGUUUGGACGAUACCUGUCUCGUACGGGACGAACAACCUUGCAGACAACGAUCAAAGCCGGCCUUCAUGCGUCAACAGUUUGGCUGGGCUUGGAAACGACGAUUACCAAGAUAAAGAGUGUCUGAGAAGAUUUCUCAUGGAUAUCGCUGGUAGUGACAAUUUCGGCCGAGCAUGA